AUGAAGGGAUCUCGACCAAACAUAAAGGGAUCUCAAGCAAAGAUUAUGAUGGCUUUGAUUGUGUUUUGGCUCUUCUUUUCAAGAUUUCCAGAGCCAACAAAGAAGUCCAGUCAUUUUACAACGAAGUAUAUUCCGUCUCGGUUGGAACACAAAAUGAUGCAGGCUGCGGAGUCUGAGUUAGGGUACAAUAGAGAUGCCUGGGUUGACGGAUGCACAUUAUACCGGAACCAAAGCGGAAUCGAAUUCUACAAUUUGUAUCAGGGAUAUGUAUCCAAGCUUGAGAAGUACACGGAAUCCGUCAAGAAAUUUCGAACUGAAGUAAAAGACAUCCGACUUUUGCCCAAGAAGAAGCGCGAAAAAUUGUGCCAAAAAAUGGACAAGGUAUUGUAUAGCGCGUUUCGUCCAAAACAUGACUGUUCGUUAACGGAUGCCGGCUACGUUGAGCCACUGCUCCCACCAUUGCGACAUCCUCACAUGUGUGCAAGUGAGAAAAAGAAAAAGAAACGGGCCUUUAUGAGUUUGGACUACCUUGUGCACGACUUUGGUAAGAUUUGUCGGCAGCUCGAACCCGGGGCUAGGACCGUGUUCUUCGACUUGGGUGCUUCUCUAGUGUUCCAUGGUUAUAUGGUGUCCCCGGCGAUGACUUUGGUGAAACUCUUCAAUCAGUUUGGCAUCAAGUUUGAUCACUAUUAUGCCUUUGAAUAUUCCGUGAUUGACCCAAAACUGGUUUAUGGGAAAAUUCCAGAAGAACUUAUGCAAGCUUAUCAUUGGUACAAUGUCCCCGUUGAGGCUUCACCAACGAGCAAACAGAAUCCUUGGAAGACGCUUCUUUCCAAAUACAAUGCCAGUGAUUUUGUGGUCAUCAAACUUGAUAUUGACACGGCAUCCUUGGAACUCCCUCUUACACACGAGCUGCUACAAGAUAAGUAUUCUCCACUCGUUGACCAAUUCUACUUUGAGCAUCAUGUCAAAUUGCACAACCUUAGACCCAACUGGAAAAAUAAAGCAAGCGGGACAAUAAAAUAUUCGCUAGAUCUCUUCACUAGCUUACGAAAAGUGGGAAUCGCAUCGCACUCAUGGGUUUAA